AGCAAGCUCAGCUGUUUCAAGCCUGUCUAAAUUUUAUAAUUUAGCCAGUACAUUUAUUUCUACCUUUUAAGAUAAGUGUUUGGGUAAGAAUGAAAAUCUCAAAUGAGAAGAUAAUGAAUUUUUGGGGUAGUUUGCUUUUUUUCAUUGCGUUUAUUGAAAAAUCGUUUGCAGCUGACUUCUGUUAUGAAGACAGUCAUUGCGGUCCGAAUUCGUGGGGGAACAGCUUUGCGCAAUGCUUUCCCCGGACCAAUUCGCAUCAAUCUCCGAUCAAUCUGGACUCAAAGAUGACUAGGAAGGAGUCCCUGGGAGCCCUGGACCUCCGGGGCUUCGACACCGUUCCGUCGGGAAAUUGGACCUUGAAAAAUAACGGGCAUACCGUAAUGUUGGAAGUUAAUGGACUCUCUGUGAGUGGCGGGGGAUUGUCCGACACGUACCAGGCCCAACAGCUUCACUUCCACUGGGGCGGCCCAUCUACGAAUGGGUCUGAGCAUACAGUCAAUGGCCGCCGAUACCCAAUGGAGAUGCACAUUGUGAGCAUGAAAACCACCCACCAAAACUUGACGUCUGCUCUGAAUGACACAAGUGGCCUUGCAGUGCUUGGUGUUUUAAUCGACGUAGCAGACCGGGACAAUAGCAACUUUAGUGCGAUCUCCGAUUCGGUUGCCUUUGUGAAAUAUAAAGGGACAACUCUGCCCAUCUCUCCUUUUCCACUGAUUUCUCUUCUGCCGAUGCAAAAUAUGUCCCAGUAUUAUCGCUACCAUGGAAGUCUGACGACUCCCCCUUGCAGUGAGGCUGUUGUAUGGACUGUGUAUGAGGCCCCCAUCUACGUUUCGCAGAAACAGGUACGUGCUUUUGCUUCCCCUCUAUUGAUGCCUUCACCCUCCGGCGUGUACUACACAGAGGAAGGUGCAAACAAAGCUCUACUGCAAAACAACUUCCGGGACGUACAAGCGAGGUCUUCGUGGGCAGUAUAUGCCUCAAAGGAUGCUAGGCUGGUCUCUUCCUCUACUCCUAUGCCAUCGUCCCACCGCAGCCUGACCCUUUUGCUCUUCCCCCCGCUAGCUGUUUGGCGACUGUAAGCAUCGUAAUGCCCUUUGGUGGGCUUGACUUGCGAUUUCACGCCGUCAUCUGAUGGCAUGAAGCUGCACUGCCUUUGUGUGGAAUUUCUGGUUGCCUGCUCAUUUUUGCUCAAAUGUGGAACUAUAAGACAUUAAGUUGAAAGUAGUAGAAUGGCUGAGUCUAUACUAACCUUCCAAACGAUUUACACUAAUGCUAUUGUUGUAGCUGUGACUCCAUCUUUUUGUUCACUUUUUUGUAGUAGGUGGAACUCUCAUACCACACUCUGCAUUAAAAAUGCUCGCAGGGUGAGGAUCAUCAGUAUUCUCUCUUCUGGCAAGUGGAUGCCUGCAUGGCAGUAGGACCUGGAUCUCGUUUUGAUGGCUCCGGACUGUGAUUAGAGUUCCACAAGGCAAUGGUAACACUUUCUUGUGGAAUCUCUCCUUAGAGAACUUUUUCAUGUAUGACGCCAACGCAGCAUCAAAGGUGAACACUGGAAGCCAUGGGUCAGGAAUUGUUAGCUAUGUCCUUUGCUAUGUAGCAAGGUGUCUCACUAACAGUGCCUGGGGAUCCCAUUGUUCCAUUUCUCAGCAUGAGGUUCACCCAUUGAUCUGUCCGGUUUACCAGAGCAACAGAUCUCCGGUGAUGCUUCACAGCCAACCACACAUCCUUGUAUGCACUUUUGUAUUUCUCCUUUUUAUUGUUGUGGCCUGGUGUUUGUCAUGGGGAAAAUAAAAGCCUUUGUUUGAA